UUGAAUAAAUAAAAAAGACUUGCAUGGUUUUCAUCACUGGGAAGUUUAACAUUUUAAGAUGAAAAAGUCACCAAACUCAGACUACGGCGCGUUUAGCAAAUGAAUUUUACGUUCUAGAAUCUAGGGAUAUAAAAAUAACUAAGACAGUCAGCCCCUGAAGGAGUUUACGGCGCUGUAGUGCUGAACAGAUAGGCUGUACGGUUUCAUUCAAGGCCUUUGAGUUUCAGCCAACGGAAACAGGAGCUGUUAGUAACCCUGUAAUAGGGAACCCCGUAAAACCCAUUCUUUCAGGCUUUUAAUAAAGAAGUUGAGGUGGUUUGAUUUCCGCUGCCUUAGCAACACCGCGCGUUUCGUGUUCCUGAUCACACCGUUCCUAACUCUCUCUUGCUUGACUGACCCGCUGGAUUUAGUUUCUCUUGGAUGUCACUUUUGUUCCCGUUGAUGUUUGUUGACAAGCAUCUUUUUUUCCCCUUCUUAGUAAAACAGUGAAUUGGCUAUGGACUCCUGUUUCUGUUUUCAGUGGGGUUUUUAUUUGGACCUUAACAGAUGUACAAAUUUCGUUGGCAACGUCUACCCUUGUACCUUUGUGCUCUUGGAUUUGACAUGCACAAAUAAAGUAUAGCAGCCAAAACUUAUAAUAAACAUAAUUUAUUGUUGUAAUCAUAACAAAAGUGUCAUUAAAUGUGAAUAUGUAUUAGUUGAAAGAUUCAAAAUAGAGUGGAACUCUGUGCUCAAGCAGUUAAUAACCCUGGUGGCAGUGCUAUAGCUCGUUUUCAAAUAAUGCUCUGUCUCACCACAGACUGUGUUAGAUCAUUAUGAAACUAACAAGUGGUAGAUAUGUUUUGCUGUUUUAACUUAGGAAGAGUUUUGGUAACAGCAUUUUUUCCAGUGUAGAGUUAUAAGAGUUAAAUGAUAGUGUGAUAACAAUUUUGUUUAUCAGUAACAAAAUGAAGUUUCAGGUAAGAGAUAAAUUCUUUGUACUAUUGGAAAGUUUCUGUAGUUUUCAAUCUUAUCUUGGAUUGAAAAAUGUCUUUAAUUAAAAGAAUGGUUCAGUAUUUACAAGAUUCUUGUAUAAACUCAAAAGAACAAACUAACUUUCAAGGUUCAAAUGAACACUUCUGGCUACAUAAAAUGUUGCUGUUUCUCAAAAAUGACAACUUUCUUUUAUUUUGCAGAGAUGGUUUAAAGCUUGAAACUGAAUUAUUGGAUGGAAAAACCAAGCUAAUAUUGUCCCCAUAUGAACAUAAAUCAAAAAUUUCUGUGAAGAUGGGAAAUAAGACCAAGAUUGCAAAAUGUCCUUUAAGAACAAAACAAACUGGAUAUGUUCUAAGAUCAACACAAAAUACUUGUGUCAGGAGUGAAAAACUUUUACAAAAGAAGAGAAUUGGUUCAGAAACUUCACUGGCAGAAGGUGAAAAAAAUAGUAUGACUUUUUCACCCACUAAGGAUUUAUGCAAGCAGUAUGCAGAUAAAGAUUGUCUUCAUAUCCAGAAAGAAAUUUCACCUGCAACCCCUAAUAUACAGAAGUCUAGAAACACCAUAAAUACAUCUCUAGUAGCUAAAGAGAAGCCUUGCAAAAAACACAUCACAGCUGAAAACAUGAAGAGCGGUUUGGUGUGUCUAACACAAGACCAACUACAACAGAUUUUGAUGACAGUAAACCAAGGAAAUAGAUCUAUUUCCCUGACUGAGAAUGGAAAGGAGGAGGAAAGAAUCACCAGGAAGAGGCCCUACAACUGGUUCGGGGACCAGGUAGCUCCUAUGCGUUUCCAAGGUGCUCAAGAUCAGUACAGUCUACCUUUAAAUAAUAUUCCUAAUCAGCCAAAGGACAAGAACAUUAUGGGACUAGUCCAGAAAACGGAGGCUGUUUCGUCUGUUCAGGAUGAAAAUCAAUCUGUUUUAAAUAAAAAUCAGGAGACGUCUAAACAGUAUGAGCAGAAAAUUGCCACAGAGAAUCUAUGGAAACCAGCUGACAUAUUCAGUACUCUGGGGGAAAGAGAACGUGAUAGAAGUUUGUUGGAAGCAAAAAAAGCCCAGUGGAGGAAAGAGCUUGAUGAACAGGUUGCUUUAAAGAAGAAAGAAAAAGAAGCCUCUGAAAAAUGGAAUAAUCCUUGGAAAAAAUCAGAAAGUGAUAAAACAGUAUGUGAAAAACUUGGAAUUUUUGACCAAUCUAAGACUUCUGCUAGCUCUUCCAGUGUUCUGUCACAGUCUCCUAUUCAGGUAGCGCUGAUCCAGGCUGAUGGGCACUCAUUACCUAGAGCUAGUCAGAUAUUAGAGGAAGCAGUACCACUGGGGCACCCUUUCAGUGCUGUGAAACAAGAACAGCAGAGAAAAUGGAUUGAAGAGUUGAACAAGCAAAUAGAAGAUGACAGGCAAAGAAAAAUAGAGGAAAAAAUUAUAUCUUCAAAGGGUGAGGAACAUGACAGAUGGGCGAUGCAUUUUGAUUCAUUAAAGAGCUAUCCUGGUUCUCGGUCUCAGUUGUCUUCUCAGUCAACACACAAACAACCAGAGUACUUCUGUGUCUCUCCGGACACUCAGGAGCUGGCUGAUAUCAGCAGUGUUUGUACACCUACAACUGGAACCCAUGUUGAACCUUCAGAGGAGGAGCAUUUAGUAAAACCUGUUGGAGAUGUGGCUAUGGCAAACAGUCAAAAAACGAACUUUCUCCGUUCCAUGACUGCUCUCUUGGACCCAGCUGAGAUAGAGGAACGAGACAGGCGGCGACAAAAACAGUUAGAACAUCAGAAAGCCAUUACUGCUCAGGUAGAAGAGAAGCGCAGGAAGAAGCAGCUGGAAGAAGAGCAAAGAAAGAAGGAAGAACAAGAAGAGGAGCAUCGUUUAGCACGGGAACGAGAAGAGAUGCAGAAACAGUAUGAAGAAGACAUGUUUAAGCAAAAACAAAAGGAAGAAAUCAUGACUCUCAAGACAAAUGAGCUGUUCCAGACAAUGCAGAGAGCGCAGGAGCUGGCACAGAGACUGAAACAAGAACAGAGAAUCCGAGAGUUGGCUCAAAAGGGACAUGACACCUCUAGAUUGAUUAAAAAUCUUGGUGUUGAUACAAUACCAGUGGAAUAUAAUGCAUCUACUAACAACAUUUCCAAUUCAAGACAUGGCUUGGAUGAAGUCAGUGGUAAAUGUAAUAGAUGUAUCAAUUCUGUGAUCUCUCCCAAGAAGGAUACUGGUGUGCAAACAGAUGACUUAAAUACAGGAAUAUUCACCAAUGCAGAAUCAUGCUGUGGAUCAGUAAUAGAGAGGGAAAUUAUAAAUUGUUCAUCUCCCGAGAUUCCUGCAGAAUUUAAUCAACAGUUUAACACUAAGAAAAACAAACAAGUAGUAUUAAGUAGGGAUAAAGGAGCCAACUUAGAAAAAGAAAACAGUUGGUAUAAUGACCAAUGUAAUCAGUUCACAAGAACAGAGAAACAAAUGAAACAUAUGAAGAAAUCUCCUAAAAGGCCUGAUUGGAAUAUAAAUAAGCCAAUCAAAAGGUAUAUCCCAGCAUCAGAAAAGUACCCUAAACAGCUUCAAAAGCAAAGAGAAGAAAAAAAGGUAAGAAGGCAGAUGGAACUGCUUAAUUUGGUAGAAAUAAAUAAUUCCGGACACCUCUCUCAAAAUAGAGGCACUUCACCAGAAGUUUUUCAUUCAUCUCAUCAAGAAACUGAGCCAAGGUUCAAGUGGCAUCUAGUCAAAAAGGAAGAAGAGCCUCUGAAAAUUAAUUCUUUCAGCAAGGAAAGGUCUCAGUCACCAAAAGUUCCAGCAGUGAACAACAGAACACAACAAACUCAGACGCUGAAAAACACUAAUUACGAGAGAGAGAAUCUUAUCUCAGGAGGCAAUCAAACGGCAACAUCACCUGGAAUUUCUGAACCAUCCCAUUUUAUUCCCUAUGUCCGAACCAAUGAGAUCUAUUACCUUGAUCCAGAUGCACCAUUGUCUAGGCCUUUAACUCAGGAUCCUCAGUACCAAAAUCCAUAUAACUAUGACCAAGAACGACAGCUGGUUGACUCUGACCAUGUGAGGGACCCACUUCUUAAUCCUAACUUGGUGAAAAACAGGGAUCGACAGCAAGCAAUCCUUAAGGGACUAUCAGAACUGAGACAGGUUAAGGGGAGACAAAAGUUGUGAGGUCAAGUGGAAGGAAUAUGAUGCAUACCUUCACCCACCUAUAUAGUGGCCACAUCUUAUUUCAGCAUGGCCUUGUAUUAACCACUAAGGUUAGUGCAGUCAAGAUAAACGUAGGAUGUCUCUCAGUGUGUCUCAUUACCAUGUUAAGAGCAUUUGGGGAACAGGAAGAGAGGGAUCUCAGCUUCAUAGUUGUGGAAACUUGGUUUUGAGAAAAGUUAUCCCUAUUGGUUUUUAUGCUAAAAGUAGAAUCUUACAGAUACAUAAUAGUUAUACAAUAUCCAAAUCUAGUGUAAGAAUUACUGAAAUUUUUUGAGUGAAUAAAAUUCAACAUGACAAAGAUAAAGCUUAAGUUAUUGCAAAGUAACUGAGCUUAACACAAUGUUUUCAAAGUAAAUAUAAAUCUGGAUUAACAGGACAGAAAUGUAAAAGAGGAAUAAUUUGCAAGUCUGCUGCACACCUUACUAACAUAUCAAUGUGAUUUCAGGGCCUUCUCCAGAAGCAAAGGGAGUUGGAAACUAAUCUCAUGCCUUUAGCUGCAAAUCAAGAAGAGAAUUUUAGUUCUACGUUUUAAAUGUAGACAAUCAAAUCCUUCACAUUUGAUUUGUGUCUUCCAAAUUAUAAAAUGUGCUUGUUACUUAACUGUAUUUUUUAAAUAGCCUAGAUUUAUUUUUUAAAUGCUUAUUUAAAAUGUGUACAUUAUAUAGUAAAAUGCUGUGUAUAUAUAUAUUUUUUACAAUAAAACAUACUUUUGUAAAAGCUUA